GAUUAGCGGUUCACGAUAAAUCAAAAAUCUUCGUUCACUACGAGUAUGUAGUGAAUAUAUCCGCUUUAUCGAUAAGGCUCAUUAUUCUUCCGCAACUGUGUCGUGCCACUUUCGCCUAUCAUUAGCGCAUUUUGCCGAGUUUUUACAAACUGUUACGUACUAAGAGGCACAGUGAUACCUGUUUUACUUACACAUGAUUUGAACAGCAAUAUCUGGAAUCCCGGUACAAAUUAUUAAUGCAUACCGGCAAAGAAGAUCAUGCACCGCUGUAGUAUUUUAUCUGUUGCCCUUUUGCUGGACACAGUUUCGAGGACGACGGUACUGAAAGGGUUAUGCUUGAUUUCCAGCAUGAAUAAUUAAUCUGUGAUGAUUUGUCGUUCAGGAUUUUGUCUCAAUUAAAACUUUUCGGCUAUGUUGCGGAUUAUAAAUAUAUCAAUAAGUGGAAGCCAAAACGUCGACUGAAGCCCAAACGUCGACUAAAGCUCAUCCAUCCAUGAUCUUUUUAUGCCAAAAAGAUCCGUAGCGUAUUUUCUCCAUUCAUGCCAUCCAUAUUUAAUUCGUGGACGCGGCGUCCUACGCAACCUUUAUGGAGUAUUGUACUGGUGAUAACAGCAUUUUUGUAUGUGAUAACGUGGAGAAAUUGGGUUGUUUCAGGACAAUUUUUACAAGGAGAACCGGCAUACUGCUCCAGCGAAGGUGCUAUUGUGAAUGUUCCACAGAUUACCAACAAUCCCUGCAUUACUUGCAAAUGCGAGCAUUACAAAAUUACAUGUGCAAAGAAAACAUGCCCAAAGUCAUCGGAGAAGUGUUAUUUUCAUUUGGACGAAGAAGAUAAUGAAGAAGACAAAUGCUGCGUUCGUUGUAAAGGAUGUUCGAUUCAAGGCAAACUGCUCUCCAGUGGGGAAAUGUGGACUUCGGACAGCGAUUCGUGCGUUACGAAUCACUGCCUGGAUGGAAUCGUUACAAGAACGGCAAAGACUGUAUGCUACACACCUUGUUCUAACCCAGUUCCGCUGAACGGAAGUUGCUGUCCGGUAUGCCAAGGUUGUUAUCUGAACGGGAAAUUGUACGCAGAAGGAGAAACAAUAUCAGCUCCAGAUCCUUGCAUACGGUGCUCGUGCAGGAAUGGUAACUUGAUUUGCAACAAGACUGCCUGUCCUGUAUUGGCUUGUCCUGUUAAUCUGUAUAUGCACGAACCGGGAUCUUGUUGUCCAUACUGCCAUGGAUCUCGUAAAAUCGCCACAUUGGAGAACCGCUGCAUUGUCGGCAAAAAGAUUUUACGACCAAACCAGCAAAUUGCUAUUGAUAGCUGCACAACAUGUUUAUGCCAGAAUUCUACCCUUUUAUGUAAACGUCAUGUGUGUCCGGUCUUGACGUGCCUCCCAGAUUAUCAGGAGCGGCGAUCUGGUGAAUGUUGCCCGCGCUGCUUGCCAUCUGCUCCAGUAUUCUGCGAAAUGGAAGAAGCCACAUAUAAUAAUGGAGAUUCGUGGAAAAUCGAUGUCUGCGUAACAUGUCAGUGCCAAGAUGGACUUGUGCAAUGUGCCGUACAAAGCUGCCCAAGUGAUGUUACCUGCAAUGAUGGAGAAGAGCUAUAUCGAGAUAAGAACGAUUGUUGCCCAAAAUGUGUUCCCAAAACGGCUGUGUGUACAGUUUAUGGCGACCCUCAUUAUAAGACCUUUGAUGGAAAUUCGUACAGCUUUCAAGGAAGAUGCAAAUACAUUGCCGCCGAAGAAUGUGAUGCGAAGAAUAAGCGCUUUGAAAUACAUCUGCGUAAUGAUGCACGAAAAUCGGUGCACUUCACGUGGACGAAAUCAGUUGCUGUGAAUUUAGAGCAUACGAAGAUUUUACUGCUCCAAAAAUUGCGAGUCAGGAUAAACCGCAAAGAAGUCCGCUUACCUUACGUUCGGCUGGGAGUGGUCUCCAUUAUCAGUAACGGCUAUUCCAUCACUCUUCGAACAAUUUUCGGCUUAAAACUGACUUGGGAUGGGGACAGCUUUGUUGAAAUCACUCUUCCCGCGAUUUUUCGCAAUCAAGUGUGUGGUUUAUGUGGAAACUACAAUGGGAAUGCCACGGAUGACCUAAUUAUUAGAGAUACAGCUGCGAUGGCUUCGGACAUUCCAGAAUUCGCACAAUCGUGGCUUGUGAACCGAAAAACUGACGAAGAGAAGUGUGCCGUUAUGGAGUCUCAAAUGAUUAACAGCGAAAGAAUACGCCCACGAACGGCGAGAAAUAUUCCUUGUCCAGGCCAUCCCAUCAAGAAAAGCAUACGGGUAUUGCGUGACUGUCGGAUCUUCAAAGCUAGUACGAUGCGAGCAUGCCGAAUACUUGUGGAUGCCGAACCGUAUUACAGAUCCUGCCUGGAAGAUUUAUGUGAUUGUCCAAAAAACCGAGCAUGUCUAUGCCAGUCAAUAACGGCAUUCCUAAGAGAAUGUGAGCGUCGGGGAGGAAAUAUACGUAAUGUUAAGCAUACUCAUUGCAAGAUAAUUUAAGCAUGCGCAAGCUUGAAGCCACCUGUUGCCAUAUUACCGGUUUGAAGUUAAGUUAAUGUUGUACCUUUGUGAAACGAAACUGUUAUUGAUUUUUUGUUUAUUAUUUAUUUGUAAAUGCUGUAUAACGAAUUUUUAAACAAUGAACUGUGCGCUGUCUUGCGGCGUUGCCAACCUAAGAAUGUAAAGUAUCAACUGAUAAA